GAUGAGGAAGGCGAGGAACAAGAGGGAGCCGUGGGUGGUGUGGGAACACCAUCCAGGCGGCCGGUAGCGCACAGGGAGGAGGACGCGAGCCGGUCGACGGACGUGGAGAACUUUUCCGUUCCCGACGCGGCCACCGCUGCUCUCGAGUCUUCCCCGGAAGUGAUCUUCCGUCCGCCAACUGUCCGUCUGCAUCGGCCCCUGGUCAGGACACUUUCGAACGGUCGUGAGUGGAACGCGGUACGAAGCCCCCCCGACCAGCAGGCGGCGGCUAGAAUAUCGCGCGGCAGUAGCCGGCGAUAUCGUCCCAUCGAAGCGGGACCUCCUUUCUGCAUGCCAGCGGAUCUGGUUUGUCCGCCGACCCCAACGCACCAUGCUCGCCGCCAUUGCCCCGCUGCGGUCGUGUCAGCGCCACCAACGACAAAUGAGCCGCGAAGUUCGCCAUCCUCGCUCGAUGUGCUGACCAUUGCCGUCCCAACCGUCCAGCAGCAAACUGAGGAGUCGAACGUGGCAGCCGGUGUCCGGCACGUUCCGACGAUGCGGCUCCCGUCGAUCCCGGAACGGGCCUGGGCCCGUGCCCUCCUGGCACCAGAGUCCGAAGAACCUCUGCCGCCGGCCUGGGAGGCGCGCAUGGACAACCAUGGUCGAAUCUUCUACAUUGACCACGCAACGCGCUCUACCUCCUGGCAGAGGCCGGUGGCCCACGGGGUACCCGUUGGGAGCUCCCAAGAGCCGGACCCACACCGGCAGCAGCUCGAUCGGCGCUAUCAAUCGAUUCGCCGCUCCAUCUACGCCGAGCGCCGAUCCCAGCUCGACGACAGCGUUCCGACCACGUCUUCCGCCGCGGGCGCUAGUCCAGAGACCACUGGCCACAGCCAUCCGCAGGCGUGUGGAGCGGCAAGCCUCGCGGAGCAAACUUCAUCGCAGCGCACCGAACAUCCAGCGCUGCUCAUGAUCUGCCGCUCGGACUACUACUCGAUGCUGCACGCGAACGGGGAUGCAAUCCAGCUCUACAACCGAAAUGCGGCCCUCAAGCACAUGGUGUCGCGGGUGCGCCGCGAUCCCCGCUGCUUCGGCCGAUAUCAGCACAAUCGUGACCUGGUGGCGCUCGUCAACUGUUUCGCGAGUUCCGCCGGGCCGCUUCCGGCCGGCUGGGAAACAAAGCUCGACCAGAGCGGGAAGCAAUUUUUCAUAGACCACACCAACCGGCACACCUCCUUCAUGGAUCCGCGGCUCCCAACCGAGGGCCCACGGCGAGUGCAGGGGGCGCAAGGCGAACGGCCAGUUCCACCGCCGCGCCCACCCGCUACCAUGCUACGGUUGGCCAGUCUCAGCAUCCCGGCGGCCGACGCGAUUCCCGUCGCGUACAACGAGAAGGUAGUGGCGUUUCUGCGACAGCCCAAUAUCCUGGAGAUACUGUGCGAGCGGCACGGGGCGGCGGCCUGUUCGCGUAACUUGCGCGAAAAAAUCAACGCCAUUCGCGUCGAGGGCACGGUCGCGCUCGAUCGCUACAGCCACGAUCUCGAGCUAACCAUCCUGCUCAGUCUGUUCGAGGAUGAGGUGAUGAACUACGUGCCCCCGCGUCCCCAUAGCCCUCCUAUCAACUCACAGCCGGAACCUAGCAGCAAUGGCAGUGGAGGACGUCAGCUCGUACCACGGGUUACGUCACAACCGGUGCGCCGUGAUUUUGAAGCCAAACUGUUCGCGUUCCACCAGAAGCUCGAAGCGAAAGGCUACGGACGAGGACCGCAGCGCCUCAAGUUGGUUGUACGGCGAGCCUUCGUGUUGGACGAUGCCUUUCAGUGCGUCAUGGCGGCGAGCAAGCGCGAUCUGCAACGCGGCCGUUUGUGCGUGGUGUGGGAUGGCGAGGAAGGCCUGGACUAUGGGGGGCCGUCGCGUGAGUUCUUCUAUCUGCUGUCGCGCCGGCUCUUCAACCCGUACCACGGGCUGUACGAGUACUCGGCCAACGAUAUCUACACCGUGCAGAUAACGCCCGUUCACCACGAGAACCGACGGGUAAACUACGAUUGGUACCGGUUCAGUGGACGCGUCCUGGGACUCGCCCUUGUGCACCGGUUCCUGCUGGACGCGUUCUUUACGCGCCCGUUCUACAAAGCUCUGUUGCGGAGCCCGGUCGCUCUAAGUGAUCUAGAGUCACUGGACAGCGAAUUUCACCAGUCGUUGCUCUGGAUCCGUGACAACGACGUCGGCAACGGCAGCGAGCUUGGCCUGACGUUCUGUGUAACGGAAGAACCGUAUCACCGCGACAUGCCCAAGGUUGAACUCGAGCUCAAACCGAACGGGCGAAACAUCAUCGUAACGGAACGGAACAAACGCGAUUAUUUGGAGCGUAUGAUAAAAUGGCGUCUUGAACGCGGAGUCUUCGCUCAGACUGAGGCCCUGUUGCGCGGAUUUUACGACGUAGUGGAUCAGCGGCUGCUCUCCAUGUUCGAUGCGAGUGAUCUUGAACUCGCGAUCUCUGGAACGGUUGAAAUUAAUGCGCGCGAUUGGCGCUCCAACACCGAGUAUAGAGGUGGCUAUCACAACGGCCACCAGGUGAUAGAAUGGUUUUGGAUUGUUAUCGACCGCUUCACCAACGACCAACGGUUGCGACUGCUGCAGUUCGUUACCGGAACAUCUAGCAUCCCGCAUGAAGGGUUCGCCGGACUGCGUGGUUCGAAUGGUUUGCGACGCUUUUGUGUAGAACGUUGGGAUAAGUGUGACGCCCUGCCCCGUGCCCAUACAUGCUUUAAUCGACUGGACCUGCCACCGUACCCCACGCCCGACAUUCUCUACGAAAAACUGUUGAUGGCGGUCGAAGAGACCAACACCUUCGGGAUCGAAUAAAUUAUUGGUGGUGUGCGAUGCGAAACAACAGGGAAAAUUGUCAUUUUGUUUGCUUUAUUAGCUGCUAUUCGAGUACAAAGAGGGAGAGAUACAGUGAUAUAUGAAGAGGAAACACGCACAUCACCAUUGCAGUUGUAGUGUGUAAGUGAAACGAUAGUUUACCAGGAACGGUUCCUAAGAACGGAUUUACGCACUGCACACCGCACAAGCAAUCUUUAGAACGCAACUGUCCGCAACGCAAUCACCCACACGCUGUUUCCCGUGCCAUAAAUAAAAACAGUUUCUGCAUCCAUAUUUAACCCAGCCUCCCUAACCGCCUAGAACCCCACCACACACUCCUAAACAACGCGAAAAUGAAAAUGAAAACUGUCCGAUUUUAAGCUAAGCAUGCAGGUAUGUGCUUAAGGAAGCCCCUUGGCUGCCGAAAACUACCGCGGUGGUGUAAACUCUUAGACCAAUGAAAGCGCUAACCAAAAUAAUAGUAAAAAAUUAGAAGCAGAUGGAAAAAACGGUAAACGAGAUUGGAAAGCUGCUUGACUAUCG